AUGCUGCUCCCGUCGUCCUCAUCUACUAUUGAUCAUACCUACCGCCGAGGUGGCCCCGGUGAGCGGCGCUCUCCUUGUCCAGCGCUCAACACGAUGGCGAACUAUGGGUACAUACCACGAGACGGCAUGAACAUUAAAUUCUGGCCCCUCAUCCACGCUCUACGCGAGUUCUACAAUCUCUCUCUCCCGCUCGCCCUCUUCCUCGCCAUCCCCGGCUACCUACUGUGCGGCUCCAUCCUACACAUGUCGCUCAACCUCGACGACCUCGCACUGCAUGACCGCCUCGAGCACGACGCCUCGCUCGUGCACGCGGACGCGGCUCCCGGCGCCGCGUGCGCUCCUACCAACGUGGAUCCCGGGCUCCUCCACGCGUUCAUUACGUCGUGCCCCGCGGGGCGUGGCUUUCGCCUCGAAGACUUCGCGAAGGCGCGGAUCGCGCGAGAGAAGACGCUCGGGGGGAGGCAACUCAACGCGUUCCACGCGGAGAUCGCACGCGGCGAGUCCGCGCUGUCGUGGCUUCUGAUGAAGGAUGAGAGCGGGGAGGCCCCGCCGGGGAGGCUGGAGCAGUGGUACGGGGAGGAGAGGGUUCCCGAUGGGUGGAGUAAGCCCGAGCGCAGGCUGGGCUUGAUCACGACGAGGCAUACUGCGGUUAAAGUUCAGCAUCUCAUUGCGUCCAUGAGUCAGUCUGGGGUCGUGCAGGACAUUCCAAUGAAACGGUGA